CAACAACUUCUUUUUCGAUUUCCAGACCACGCCGAGUUACUGAUUCAGACUCGCCUCGAUCAGAAAUGGAUCGAUUCGGGCGACAACGGCGAGUCCAAAUCGACGACGGCGUAGAAGACGGCGGUCAGCAGGAGAACGGAAUGCGAUUGAGACCGUCGGACAACAAUGUCACUGAAGACCAGGAGCCGUUCAUGGGAGUCAAAGUCAGGCGGAAAGCCUCCCUUCACCGAGACUAUCGAGGAGAUUAUCUAGACGUCCCUUCUCAUCCAUUCUUGAUGAAGAUUUUGCAAAAGCAAGGUGACAAGAAAGUUCUCUUUGCUGAUAAAAUUUUGAAGAUCACUGGUUCAGGGAAGAUGAAACGACGAAUUCUUAUGAUUACUGACUUUGCCAUUUACAUUGUUGAUCCUGAGACCGACGCACUUAAGCGCAGGAUAGCCCUUGCAGCUGUAGAUAGUAUGUGCUUAAGUGAAUUAAGUGAUAACUUCUUUGCAAUCAUCAUUCCUACAGAGUAUGAUCUACUCAUGGCUAGUACUCGAAAGACUGAAAUUGUCACCAUAUUAGUUGAAGCCACAAAGAGCACAUCUGAUUAUACGCUUGAGGUGACUUUUUCAAAUAGGUUUGAAUAUCAUGCUUCUGCUGAACUAGUUAAGGAGGUUCAGUUUGAGGAAGUUGAAGGGGGCAUUAAAACAAGGUUCAUAAGAAAGGAAAUUCCUACUGCUUAAGAUGACGAAUAAUAAAGAAGUGAGUUGCAACAUAUACAAUGAAUACAUAUAUAUAGGAUGUGUGAAUCAGUAGUCUUUGAUUAGUCUUGAAAAUGUAAAGGUUAGAGUCUGUGAUUGUGUCAUUGCUUGUGAGAUGUCACCUUCAAGGCAUGAAACAUGUAGCUUAUUGGUUUACCAGUCGAAUAUAAGGUUUGUAAUUCGUUUAUUGGAGAAAACAGUGUAAAAGAUUCAAAAUUAACUAGAUUAAGGUUUGAAGAUGUUGCCGAUUAUGCACAUCAUUGUGAAUUUCCUCCUAGCUUUAAAUUGAAUAUAAUGAUGGUAGCAUG